GACACAAGUUGUCAGGCUGCAAAGGGGACCGGACACGCACCUCCUCACUCCGUUUGCGCAGCGCCGCCUGUCCGCGCUCCUUCCUGUAUGGUGGAUAUUAUCUUCAGCUCGUCUUUCUUGGGUGAUAUGGGGGAUCAUUCCAAAAAGAAGUCGAGCAUCGCCAUGUGUGUGGGCUGUGGAAGUCAGAUCCACGACCAGUACAUCCUGCGGGUCUCCCCGGACCUCGAGUGGCACGCGGCCUGUCUCAAGUGCGCCGAGUGCAGUCAGUACCUGGACGAGACGUGCACGUGCUUCGUGCGGGACGGCAAGACGUACUGCAAGCGGGAUUAUGUGCGGUUAUUCGGUAUCAAGUGUGCCACGUGCGGCCUGGGCUUCAGCAGCAGUGACCUGGUGAUGCGGGCCCGGGACAGUGUGUACCACAUCGAGUGCUUCCGCUGCUCCGUGUGCAGCCGCCAGCUGCUGCCCGGGGACGAGUUCUCGGUGCGGGACGACGAGCUGCUAUGCCGUGCUGACCACGGGCUGCUGCUGGAGCGGAGCGGGGCCGGGAGCCCCGAGAGCCCGGGACACGUGCAUCCGCACAGGGCGCUGCACAUGGCCGCGGACCCGGUGUCCGUGAGACAGGCGCCCCACCGGACGCACGCGCACAAGCAGUCGGAGAAGACGACCCGCGUGCGAACGGUGCUCAACGAGAAGCAGCUGCACACUCUGCGCACGUGCUACAACGCGAACCCGCGGCCGGACGCGCUCAUGAAGGAGCAGCUCGUGGAGAUGACGGGCCUGAGCCCGCGGGUCAUCCGCGUGUGGUUCCAGAACAAGCGCUGCAAGGACAAAAAGAGGAGCAUCCUUAUGAAGCAGCUGCAGCAGCAGCAGCACAGCGACAAAACCAACCUCCAGGGACUCACAGGUACUCCGCUGGUAGCAGGUAGUCCAAUCAGACAUGACAACACCGUUCAAGGGAACCCAGUGGAGGUACAAACCUACCAGCCUCCUUGGAAAGCCCUGAGUGAGUUUGCCUUGCAGAGUGACCUGGACCAGCCUGCCUUCCAGCAACUGGUGUCUUUUUCAGAAUCGGGUUCCUUGGGUAAUUCCUCGGGCAGUGAUGUGACCUCCUUGUCAUCGCAGCUACCCGACACUCCAAAUAGUAUGGUGCCGAGCCCUGUGGAGACGUGAGGCCCAGCGACACGAUCCCCAGGCCCACUGGCAUCAACCCCAGGCCCGGCAUGUUCCCGCCCUCCUGCAUGACAACAGACAAGUUUACCACAGAGUCGAAGGGACAUACAUCUUUCAAAAGAAGAUUUGUCGUGGAAGAUGUAUUGUUUUGUGAUCGUUACCUACAUGAGGUCUUCAACGUCACUUAUAUGAGAUCUUCAACCUUACCGACAUGAUCUUUGUUACCCACAUGAGAACUUUGUUAACCCACAUGAUCUUCGGCGUUACCGACAUAAGAUUUUUAAGCAAGAUGGUUCAAGUAAUUGUGAGGAUUUGGGUGACAAAAACCGGUGUCAAAUAUAACAGUCUCUCCACUUGAGUCCAACACCACUGAAGACAUCGUGAAGGAUAUACAAAGCAGUCUCUCUUUCUAAUAUUGAU